UUCUACGGCUACAUAAACAUAAUUACAGGUUCCUCAAUCACCUGAAACGAAAAAUUGGUAAUAAGGCUCGUGUUAAAGGUUCCAUAUGCAACGCUUAUCUCACUGAAGAGAUAUCAAACUUUUGCUCCAAUUACUUUCAGCCCUCAGUUGACACAAAAACACGAGAUCUAGGUCGAAAUGUGAAUGCUGAUGUGGAAUCCCCGGCUGACAACGAUGAAAUCCCAGAGCUGUUCACGGUGGAUAAGGGUCGUGUGUCAAAUUUGGGUAAAACUCAGUAUUUAGAUGACAAGGAACUCGAACGUGCUCAUUUGUUCGUUUUAAGAAAUACCGGCAUUCUUGGUGAAUACGAAAGGCAGUUUGAGGACUACAUUCUUAGUACUCGAACUUAUUUGCGUUUAGAAGAUGUCAUGGAGAAAUGCGAAAGUGAAUUCCCUGAUUGGUUUCAUCACAAGGUGAGAGAACAAAAACCAAGUUCCGAUGUGUUGCGAGCAUUGUCUAUGAGGCCUUUCAAGCGUGUUCGAACUUGGAACCAGAUAUUUGUCGGUGGCUUUAAUUUCCACACACAGUCCUAUGGAAAACACAAAUCUACGAUGAAUUACGGGGUGUGUGUCUCAAGUGAGGACGGUGGAGAGUACUUUGGCAUUUUAAACGACAUAAUUGAACUUGUCUACACCGGUCCCGAAAAAGAGUACAAGACUAUUUUGUUUAGUUUUAGUUGGAUGGAUUGUGGUAAAGGAAUGAACAUUCAUGAACAAUACAAGCUUGUCGAAGUAAAUCAUACUAAGAAGAAUCCCAAGUAUGAUCCAUUUGUCUUAUCUUACCAAGUGUCUCAAGUGUAUUAUGCAUCUUACCCUAGCCUUAAACGUGAUCGGGUUCAAUGGUGGGCUGUAUUUAGAACUCAAGCAAGGUCAGUGAUUGAUGCUCCGGUGGAUUUAGAGUUUUUGCAGGGUCCUUCCCCACAAGUACAUGCAACGCUUUGUCCACCAAAUGACAUUCCAGACUAUGAACUUAAUAGUGAUGAUGAUGAUGACGAUGACGAUGGCUUUAUUAUCUCAAGCGAUGAAGAAGAAGAAGAAAGCAUUGGCUCCAGUGACAAUGACGAAGAAGAGGACAUCGAUGUAUUUUUAGAAGACACUAGUGAUAGUAAUAAUGAUAGUGAUAAUGAUAGUGGUAGUAGUGAUAAGAGUAAUGAAGAGGAGAAUAUGUAGUUACUCCUUUUACUAUUGUCUUCGAAUGUUUAGUUUUUAAUGACUACUCGGAUUUGUAAUAUUGCAUUACAUUUUUGGUCUAAUUUUAUUAUUUUAAUGUCUUAUGGAUCUAAUUUAUGAAUUUACAAUGUGCGAUUAUGGUACUAACAACUUUUUCAGGUGGUCAUCAUGGGAGGAGGAAAUAAAGGAGAAACGUCCAAGAGGAGAAAGUCUAAGGGGAAAUCUCCAAUUGUACGUGUUGACGAGGAUGAGUCAAUGGAGGAAGCGGAGGCACAUGAUUUGGGGGCCUCUCAAGAAAUCGUCAGAAAUGUACAAGGGCAACAGGAGCAACAGCAGCAUCAGGAACAGGAGCUACAGGACCCGCAUCCUAAUGACUUACUAGAGUUGGACCCUUCCACACUUUGUUUUGAUGAUAUCCCGGUGAAGAAUGUGCUCUCCGACUCGCUAACCGGCUACUAUGUUCAGCCUUGGAGGAAUUAUGGAGAGGUUGAUAAAGAUUCGAGAGAGCACUUUUGGAACUUGUUCAACAAAAAAAAUCAAGUGGGCACCUGAGUUAAACAACCAAGUGAAGGACACUUUCGAAGAAAAGUUUGCAAAUCGCCUACGUGACACGUUCUACAACAUCACACAGAGGCUGAAUGGUCGCAAAGCAAGAUGGAUUAAUAAGGAUGUCCACGAAGGCAUGAUGCGAAUUGUUGCCACCGAUCCAAAAUAUAAGAAGCGGUCGGAACAAAAAAGAAGAACCGAAGAGGCGGAUCCAUGGAAAAUGUCGUUGAACCGACCCACUUUCAAGGUUCAAUGUCAUCUGUACAACAUGCUAAAAAGUUGGCUGCAAAAAACAAAGGCCAAUUUCCAAGUGCCUGGUAAAGACCAAGUGGCUUCCAACGACAAAGCAAAAAGGAUUGCGGACACCUACCAGAAGAAGCUCGAAGAAACAAGGAGUUAGGGGAUUCAGAAGAGUCCCAAUGAGUUGUACUGGGAGUCGGUGGGUGGGCGCAAUAAGAAGGGGCGUGUGAAGGGACUUGGCCAAAGUGCAGAGCUCUACUAUGGAAAACAGGGUUGAGGUUCCCGUUCUUCACAACAAUACACGUCGUCUGUCAUUUCUCAAAUGCAAGACCAGAUGGAACACAGGGUGCAAACUCUCCAAACUCAAAUGGAAGCCCGAAUGGCUGAAAUGGAGAGGAGAUACAAGGAGAGUUUUGAUGAGAUGAUGAGUCGUCUCAACAACAACGACUCAUGUUCCACCAUUCAUCCUCAGCAUCGAGACCCUAGGAACGACCCGGGUGGUGGUGGAGCAGGCCAGGGUUUCCAGGCGAUUGUGUAGCUUAGCUUUAGUCUAGCAUAGAAUCACUCUAACUUAGCUUUUGUUUGGUAUAGAUACCAAAAUGUGGACUAUCUUUUGUACUAGGACAUAAUUAUUAUAUAUAUAUGUACAUAACCAUAACCCUAAUUUCGUAGGUCGGUAAUUAAUUUUUUUAAAACAACA